CAUUUUAAGAACACGCUCUGGAAGUAACAGGAGAGACAAGCACGUAACCCCUGCCCUGGUGCCUAUAAAAUCUCUCCACCCUCUUCACAUUUUACUGCCUUACUGCCUCCUUCGUAUUACACAUCGAAAAAAUUUCGAAAACUCUACAUGAUAUUAAAUAAAAAGUAGCAAAAAAACCCACAAAAAGAAACUUAAAAACAUGAUGAUAAAUGGGCAAAAACUGGCACCAGCAGCAGAGGUGGCAGUGCAGCUGCCUGAGUCGAAGGCAGCGUCUGAUAAUAUCAGUGGAACCAUGAGUGGGCCCCUUGUAGGUGCUUCAGGAGGGGGAACGACCGCUGCUAUGAGGCCUUUUGGGCGGAAAGCUGAAGUUAUGCACGUUUUACUCAGGUUGCUAUGCAUAAUAACGUCUGUGGCUGCACUGUCCUUUAUGGUCACAGCACAACAGUCCAGCACCAUCUCCAUCUAUGGCUUCAUGCUCCCUGUUCAAUCUAAGUGGUCUUUCUCUCACUCAUUUGAAUAUCUGGUUGGAGUCUCUGCAGCUGUUGCCGCACAUUCUUUGCUGCAAUUGCUGAUUAGCAUGUCAAGGUUGCUUAGGAAAUCUCCGGUGAUUCCAUCAAGAAGUCAUGCAUGGCUUAUUUUUGCAGGAGAUCAGGUAUUUGCAUAUGCAAUGAUAAGUGCAGGGGCUGCUGCAUCAGGAGUCACCAACCUCAAUCGAACAGGAAUCCAACAUACAGCUUUGCCAAAUUUCUGCAAGCCUUUACAGAGCUUCUGUGACCAUGUUGCUGUCUCUAUAUUCUUUACUUUCACGAGCUGCUUCUUGCUUGCUGCAUCAGCUGUUCAGGAAGUCAUGUGGCUCUCCAGAUCCAAGUAUUGAAGAUCCUUGCCUCCAGACAUGUAUACUUGAUGUUAUUCCUUCCUGGACAAGCACAUGACUUCUAUGAAAAAGGGUAUAUCCUUUAAUUAAUUCCAGUGAUAUCUACUACCAUUACUGGAAAUUUUGUGAUAAUGGCUUUUUACCCUUUGUAAAUAACAAAGGCUUGUCUAUUUUGUUACAGUAUCAUGUCCCAAUUUAGAGCAAUCUAUGACCAGUUGGCUUAAAACUCUUGUUCUAGCUUUUAUACGGAA